UUGGAAUCUUUUCAAAUAAAUUGUGAAGAACCUGAUGAAAAUUUUGAUUUUUUCGAAAAUCCAAUUGAGAAAAUUAUUUUGAAAUCAAAAAAUAAAUGCGAAAAAAUUCAAAAACUAUUCGAUUUCAAUAAAAUACCAUUAUCAAAAGAAGAAAAUGAUUAUCCAUUGGCUUAUGGAAUUUUGGCAUACAAAAAUGUUGCUCAGGUUUGAAAAUAAUUCCUAUUAGAAAUUGUUUAUCUUCAAUAUUUUGCAGUUUUUAUUUAUGCUCUCUUCAUUUUAUCAACCUCAAAAUGUUUAUUGUGUUGCUUAUCCACAAAAUUCAGAUGAACAAUUCAAAAAAAUAAUCAAAGAAUUGAAGAAAUGUUGGAACAAUGUUUAUUUUUUCGAACGUCCAAAAGUUGAAUGGGGAAGUACUGAAGUUAUAAAUUCCGUUGUUUUUUGCUUGGAGUUUUUAACUGAAUUAUCAAAUGAAUGGAAAUAUUUUCAAUAUUUAUCUGGUGUUGAUAUUCCGAUCAGAACUAAUCUUGAAAUGGUCAAAAUAUUCAAAGCAAUGAAAGAAGCUCCGAAUUUUGAAAUAACACAUUAUCAAAAAGAACGAAUAAUGGAGAAAAGUGUAAGUUUUGAAGAAAACUUUGAGAAUUUUUAAUUCAUAUAAUUUAUUAUUUAGUUUGAUGAUUCUCCACUUCCUCUAUGGAAAUCUUCACUUUCCUCUCUGAUUCCAAGAAAAACAGCAAAAGCAAUAAUAUCAUCGGAUAUUUCUAGAAAUCUUCUUCAUUUUUUAGAUGGAACAUGGAUUCCAGAUGAAUCAUUUUGGGCGACUAUUUUGGGAAAUAAAAAGCUUUUCAAUAUUUCUGGAUCACUUGAAGCGAAUGAAUUUUUAUCGCAUCAAAGAAGUGAUACAAAAGUUGGUUAUUAUAUUUCUCGAUAUCAAAGUUGGGAUUAUUCAAAUUGUUAUGGAUAUUUCACUCAAGGAAGUUGUGUUUUUGGAAUUCAUGAUUUAUGGCAUAUUCGAUUAUCAAAACAUCUUGUUGCUCAUAAAUUUUAUUUGGAUUAUCAGCCAGCUGCAUAUUUUUGUCUUUUAAAAGUAAUUUUUUUUUUAAAUAUAGAAUACAAAUUGUUCUUUUUUCCAGGAGCAUCGUCAUCGUUCACUAAAUCCUCUAGAAAAUUUUCCAAUAGAUUUUUAUUCGAAGUUACCACAGGUCGAACUUAUUAACGGGAUUACUUAUGAUAAAUUGACUCAUAAAGAUUUGAUUUAA